AUGGCGGCGACGGCAGAUCCGAGGGCCAAGCCGCCGCCCGCGCACCACCUCGAGCCGUGGGCGCGCCAGCCGCAGCAGCCGCCGAGAGCGCACCGCGUCCGCGCGCCCGCACACCAAACCGUUGAAGAGUCCUCCUCUUCGGUGGGGGCCUCCGCCGCCCGCGAUCGGCGCCGCUCGUCGUCCAACUCCAGCCGCCGGAGCAGCGGCUGCGGCGGGAGCGAGGAUCUCCGGGGCAAGCUCGUGGGCCACCUGCGGGACGCCGCGGACCGGCCCCGCCUGCCCCAGCCAACCCCUUCGCCACCGCCCCCUACCCCGAAGGCGGCCAGCCCACAACCGCCGGAGACGGAGCGCGAGCCCUCGCAAGAGCUCAAGGCGCCGCCGCAGGAACAAGAGCAGCCGCAGCAGGAGGACGUGGCGGAGAAGCCGUGGAAGCUGCGGGAGCGCACGCGGCGGCGGCCCGCGGCCCUGACGUCGUGGCCGGCCGCGUCGCCCUCCCCGUCGAGGCGCCGCAAGCGCGCGCCGUUCUCGGUAUCCCUCGCCCCCGAGGAGAUCGAGGAGGACAUCUACGCGCUGACGGGCGGCCGGCCGCGGCGGCGGCCCAGGAAGCGGCCGCGCGCCGUGCAGCAGAAGCUCGAUUCGCUGUUCCCGGGGAUGUGGCUAGCGGAGGUCACCGCCGACGACUACAAGGUGCCGGAGCCGGAAGAGGAGUAGCUCCCGCCG